UUACGCUGCCGCGGAGCAUAUCCGGAAGGAAGCUGAAGCCCGGUCACCUUUGAGAGUACCGGAGCGUUUGGGGAGCCGAGCUGUGAUGUGGUUCGAGAUUCUACCCGGACUUGCCAUCAUGGGCGUGUGCUUGGUCAUUCCCGGAGUGGCCACAGCAUACAUCCACAGGUUCUCCAACGGGGGCAAGGAAAAAAGAGUUGCCAACUUUCCAUAUCAGUGGAGUUUGAUGGAAAGAGAUCGGCGCAUCUCUGGAGUUAACCGUUACUAUGUGUCAAAGGGUUUGGAGAACAUUGAUUAAGGAAGCAUUUUCCUGAUUGAUGAAUCAGUUAUGGUCAUCUAACCCUGUUGGAAGUUUAAGCAGUAUAUUACGUGGCAUUCAGUUUACUGUGUUAUGUAAUGCUUAAUAAAAACAAAAUUUAAAAAAAAA